CCAACUAUUAUUCCGUCGCCAUUCUAGCGACGAGAUUUGCGACUGUGAUCGGCCGCGAAUAAAUCGUCGUUUACGACGAAAGGGAGGUAAUCUUCUCCCUAGGAAGUAUUUUCUUCGUGUGUUCUCUACGCCGUAGUAGCUGUACCGUGGGCGUAAAGCGAUCGACUUCGACAGAGGUCUUAUAGUUUGGAACUGACGAACAUGGCUUAUUGAAAAGAUGAAGGGCCUACAGAAAGAUAUCGUUUCUUCAUACGGAGGAGACCACAUCUCUACCAACAUCAACAAUUUCGGCAAUCUCAGCCGACCUAACUAUGGAGAAGAAGUCAUGUUUCCCGCAGUCUUCCGUCAAGGGAGCUGCUGGUGAUGCCAAGAAGAACCAAGAGAAAGACGAGGGAAGAUUUUCCAGAUUUUUCAAUUUUAUUACAGAUGUUAUCAAUGGAAAACUCUUUCCCAAAAUUUCAAAAAGACGAGAACCAACUAGUACGAGCAACCUUCCAAAAUAUGAGCAAUCUAGGAAAUCCGGUGCACAGAAAGGAAAAAGUUUUGAUAAGAAACCAAAACGUAAAGGACAAUAUCAUGGCGGUCCAAAGGAGGAUACCAAGGUAGUGCAGGAAGAGGCAGCUGAGCUAGGCUCAGUGAUGGUCCAAGGAAGUAAGAAGCAGAACUUGAAUCAUCUGCUUAAUUUUCAUUACACACCACGUGAUGUGCAAAGUGGUUCUGAUGGGUGGAAUUGUGGAAGAUCAUCGUAUACCAAAUACAGUAACAAUACAAAUCGCUGGCUUCCACCCAUACAACGUCAUAAAUACAACAAGGAGCAAUUUUUACAAGCCAACUGUCAGUUUGUCGUAACUGCCAAUGGCGACUAUUCAGCCUAUCUUGCGAAUCCUGAUACUUUAGUUGAUUGGAACCUAAUAGAACAAAUCAGGGUUCAUAGUUUAGAAAGUUUGGCUUGUCCCAUCUGUUUGUGUAUACCAGUUGCUGGUAAAAUGACACGAUGUGGUCACGUCUAUUGUUGGCCCUGUAUUCUUCACUACUUGGCACUCUCUGAUAAGUCGUGGCGCAAGUGUCCAAUUUGCUACGAGUCCAUUCAUAAAUCUGACUUGAAAAGCGUUGUAGAAAUUACGCAAACUGCACUAAACGUAGGAGAUACUGUCACCUUACGUCUAAUGCGUCGAGAAAGAGGUUCCCUCCUGGCUAUGCCUGUGGAUGAAACAGAAUCCUUUAUUCCUACAACCUUCUUCUCACUCAGUGAAAACAUCCGCGGAUCAGUAUAUUCAAAACUAUUAUUUGCGAAUAAUAAUAAUGUAAUGGAUAUUAUUGAAUAUGAACGUGUCCAAUUACGUUCUGAAUUAAUGGAGGAUCCACAUUCACCUGAGAAUUGUUUCAUUGAGCAAGCUUUGAACGAAUUAAGUGUUAGGAAGAAGCAAAUUUUGCAAGAAGUUGAGAGUAAAUUAGAAAAACUGGCUGAGAACCAGAAAGCUAAAAGAAUUUCUAUGGUAGAAGAUCGUAAUGCAAAUUCUCAGGAUUCUCAAGAUUGUCAAACUCAUAAAUAUGAUGGAAGUACUACUACAUCAUUACCAGAAGAUGAUAAAAAAUUGCUUGGGCUACAUUCAAAGUCAUCUGUCAGUAACGUGGUGAGCGGUUCAGACUCUCCCAUGACUCCAAAUAAAUUCUUUUAUUUCUAUCAAGCCGAGGAUGGACAACAUGUGUACCUUCACGCGAUGAACGUGAAGAUGUUGGAAUUACAGUAUGGAAAUUUAGAGCAUUGUCCUCGGAGUAUAAUUGGGAAAAUUGUGGAAAAGGAAGCUGGCAGCAUCACUGAAGAAUUGCGACGUCGUUUGCGGUAUCUCUGCCACUUGCCAAUCACUUGUCAAAUUGAAAUUGCUGAAAUCGAACUAAAACCGCCUAUCGUGUCUAAGGAUGUCAUUGAAAUUUUUCAUGAUCAACUGGAAACGCGGCGAAAAAGACGUCGUCGUAGGGAACGCGAGGAAAAGAAGCGGGAAAGAAAAAUCACAGAGGAAGAGAAUCGUCGGAUGGGAAAAUUUCCAACUCCUAAUGUCCACAUAGAAUCCCAUCGACAUUUUCCCGAAUGGCUGCCAGAAAGUCAGACACCAGGAAUUGGAAUACUAUCUCCUCCGGAAUCCACAACAACGUCCAGUGUAGCUAGCAGCCCUUCAGGAAGCACUUUGGAUGAAUUAACAUUGAUUUCUAAAGAACCAAACAUCUGGCCUGCAAAUACCAGCGACCAAGGACUUUCUUUUGCUGAGAUGCUACGCAAUCCUAUAACACGUUCAGCAUCCCACAGUGCUUGGGCAACCGCAGGGACAUCUUAUUCCUCGCAACAAUCUCGUUCCAGUGCUGCUGUAAGAAUUCGUAAAGCAUCUGAUAGUGACCCUGAGGCUGAAGGUUACAUUUCAGCACCUUCCUACAAUUAAAGCUUUGGAGAUGCACAGACAUUGGAACAGUCAGAGUUGUGGAAUGGAGGAGAAUAGAUCGAUAAUAGUAAAUCCAGCGGCAAGAAGAAGAAGAAGAAGAAGAAAGGAAAACCUACUGUACUCUUCGCAACUAGCAUGGCUCGCGCACCUUAGUUGGGAAUAUGUGUGUAGUAAUAUUUUCGCUUGGCAAUUUUUAAUGUAAACACUAUUCUCAUUGUCUUUUUUUCUUAUACAUAUAUAAGAUAGAUAACAUAUGGGUUAAAAAUUUACUUCAGUAGAAAAUUUGUUUGUCUUAACUCAUGUAACUAUUACAAUGUGAUAAAUGCAUUACUAUUGCGUUCUGUAUUAAUUGAUUAUGAGCAAAUCAUUUUUGUUGUACACUUACGAGCCUAUUCUGCUUGCGAAUAAAAUUUAAUUUCAAACAUCAA